CCUCCUUCCUCCAAGAAGACUGAUGGUUCAGGAUCAUAUACUAAAUCACAGAAUACCCAGGUGAGGGCAAUGUCUGAAAGGAAGCAGAAGAGAAAAGCAGACUCGGAAAGUAAACAGGAGAAGGCAAAUCGCAUAAUAUCUGAAGCGAUUGCAAAAGCAAAAGAGAGAGGAGAGAGAAACAUUCCACGAGUAAUGAGUCCUGACAACUUCCCCAGUGUUUCAGCUGAAGGAAAAGAGGAAAAGAAGGGCAGAAAAGUCAAAUCCAAACCAAAGGACAAAGAGGGCAAAAAACCGAAAACUGGUUCCUUGUCCAAAAUUAAAGAGAAAACGAAAAUUGGGAAGCUAAUCAUCACACUGGGCAAGAAGCAGAAGAGAAAAAAUGAGUCUUCAGAUGAGUUGUCUGAUGCUAAGCAGACUCCACAGCGGCCACUGAAAGAUGAAGACUCACAGAAGAGAAGAUCAAAUCGUCAAGUUAAAAGGAAAAAAUAUGCUGAAGAAGGAGAAGGAAAACAGUCUGAAGAGGAAGCUAAAGUUUCUGUGAAAAUCAAAAAAUCUGAACAGCCUUUACAGUUAUUUGUGGAAAAUCCAAGUGAAGAAGAUGCAGCAAUUGUAGAUAAAAUCUUGUCCUCCAGGGUAAUAAAGAAAGAAAUAUCUCCUGGGAUGACAGUAGAAACAGAAGAGUUUUUUGUAAAAUACAAGAACUACUCUUAUCUCCACUGUGAGUGGGCCACAGAACAACAGCUAUUAAAGGAUAAAAGAAUCCAGCAGAAAAUAAAACGAUUCAAACUAAGGCAAGCACAAAGAGCUCACUUCUUUGCAGAUAUGGAAGAAGAACCUUUUAAUCCUGACUAUGUUGAAGUAGACCGGGUAUUAGAAGUAUCGCUUUGUGAAGAUAAGGACACUGGUGAGCCUGUUAUUUACUAUUUAGUAAAAUGGUGUUCGUUGCCAUAUGAAGACAGUACGUGGGAGCUGAAAGAAGAUGUAGAUCAAGCAAAAAUAGAAGAAUUUGAACAAUUGCAAGCUUCCAGGCCUGACUCAAGGAGAUUGGACAGACCACCUCCAAACUCUUGGAAGAAGAUAGAACAGUCCAGGGAAUACAAAAAUGGCAAUCAGCUCAGGGAAUAUCAACUGGAAGGACUUAACUGGCUCCUGUUCAACUGGUACAAUAGGCGAAAUUGCAUUUUAGCGGAUGAAAUGGGUCUUGGCAAAACCAUUCAGUCCAUUACAUUCCUCUAUGAAAUCCUUCUGGCCGGUAUAAGAGGGCCUUUCCUGAUCAUCGCUCCCCUUUCCACUAUAACAAACUGGGAAAGAGAAUUUCGCACGUGGACUGACCUCAAUGUUGUAGUGUAUCACGGAAGUAUGAUCAGCAGGCAGAUGAUUCAGCAGUAUGAAAUGUACUUCAGGGACUCCCAGGGACGCAUCGUUCGAGGUACCUACAGAUUCCAAGCCAUUAUCACAACUUUUGAAAUGAUUCUUGGUGGGUGUCCAGAGUUAAACGCGAUUGAAUGGCGGUGCGUUAUUAUUGAUGAAGCUCACAGACUGAAGAACAAAAAUUGCAAGCUCUUGGAGGGUCUAAAAUUAAUGAACCUUGAGCACAAAGUGCUGUUAACGGGUACCCCACUGCAGAACACAGUAGAAGAAUUAUUUAGCCUCCUUCAUUUUCUUGAGCCAUUGCGUUUUUAUGCUGAAUCUACGUUCAUGCAAGAAUUCGGAGACCUUAAAACAGAGGAACAGGUUCAGAAACUACAAGCUAUCCUGAAACCCAUGAUGCUCAGACGAUUAAAGGAAGAUGUAGAAAAAAAGCUGGCUCCUAAGGAAGAAACUAUAAUUGAAGUAGAACUGACUAAUAUCCAGAAGAAAUAUUAUCGAGCAAUUUUGGAGAAAAACUUUGCUUUCCUGUCCAAAGGAGCAGGGCAAGCAAAUGUUCCCAAUCUGGUUAACACUAUGAUGGAACUCAGGAAGUGUUGUAAUCACCCUUAUCUCAUCAAAGGUGCUGAAGAGAAAAUCCUUGGAGAGUUUAAAGAAACAUAUAGCCCAAGUGCUCCUGACUUCCAUCUGCAAGCAAUGAUCCAGUCUGCUGGUAAAUUGGUUCUUAUUGAUAAACUUCUUCCAAAAAUGAAAGCAGGAGGCCACAAGGUCCUUAUCUUCUCUCAAAUGGUACGCUGCCUUGAUAUUUUGGAGGAUUACCUUAUACACAAAAGAUACUUAUACGAGCGAAUAGAUGGGCGAGUCCGAGGGAAUCUCAGACAAGCUGCGAUUGAUCGGUUAAGCAAACCAGAUUCCGACCGCUUUGUCUUCCUUCUGUGCACCAGAGCUGGUGGUUUGGGCAUUAAUUUGACUGCAGCAGAUACGUGCAUAAUUUUUGAUUCUGACUGGAAUCCUCAGAAUGAUCUGCAGGCUCAAGCCCGGUGUCACAGGAUUGGUCAGAACAAAGCAGUGAAGGUCUACAGACUGAUAACACGCAACUCCUACGAGAGGGAGAUGUUUGACAGAGCGAGUCUGAAGCUGGGUCUGGAUAAAGCUGUUUUACAGAGUAUGAGUGGAAGAGAAAACAGUGUCGGUGGUAUCCAACAACUGUCCAAAAAAGAAAUAGAAGACCUGCUUCGAAGGGGUGCAUAUGGUGCCAUUAUGGAUGAAGAAGACGAAGGCUCUAAAUUCUGUGAGGAAGACAUUGACCAAAUUUUGCAGCGUCGUACUAAAACUAUCACGAUUGAAUCGGAAGGAAGGGGCUCCACGUUUGCCAAGGCUAGUUUUGUUGCAUCUGGAAACAGGACUGAUAUUUCACUAGACGAUCCCAACUUCUGGCAGAAAUGGGCCAAAAAAGCAGAAAUUGAUAUAGAAGCUAUCAGUGGUAGAAACAGCCUGGUUAUUGAUACCCCAAGAAUACGGAAGCAAACGCGGCCCUUUAGUGCUACAAAAGAUGAGCUGGCUGAGUUGUCUGAAGUGGAGAGUGAGGGUGAUGAUAAACCAAAACUCCGCAGGCCUUGCGACCGUUCCAAUGGAUACGGAAGAACAGAGUGCUUUCGGGUGGAAAAAAACUUGCUGGUCUAUGGGUGGGGUCGAUGGAGAGAAAUUCUGUCACAUGGUCGCUUCAAGAGACAGCUGAAUGAACAGGAUGUGGAGAUAAUUUGCCGAGCUCUGUUAGCCUACUGCCUUGUUCACUACAGAGGGGAUGAGAAAAUAAAAAGCUUUAUAUGGGAUCUCAUUACCCCAACAGAGGAUGGGCAAACACGGGAGUUACAGAAUCACCUUGGCUUAUCAGCCCCUGUGCCUAGAGGAAGAAAAGGAAAAAAAGUGAAGACCCAGGCUAGCACUUUUGAUAUACACAAAGCAGAAUGGCUUCGGAAAUACAAUCCAGAACACCUGUUGCAAGAUGAAGGAUACAAAAAGCACAUAAAACACCAUUGCAACAAGGUCUUGCUUCGAGUAAGAAUGCUGUAUUACUUAAAACAAGAAGUCAUUGGUAAUGAAUUCCAAAAGGUGUUUGAUGGAACUGAUGCCAGUGAAAUUGAUGUUUGGGUCCCUGUUCCUGCUGAGUGGUGGGAUGCAGAUGCAGAUAAAUCCCUACUAAUUGGAGUUUUUAAACAUGGUUAUGAAAAAUACAACACUAUCAGAGCAGACCCUGCGCUGUGCUUCUUGGAGAGAGUUGGCAAGCCAGAUGAUAAAGCAGUUGCUGCUGAACAGAGAGCAAAUGAUUAUAUUGAUGGGGAUGUAGAAGAUCCAGAAUAUAAACCAGCACCAGCAAUGUUUAAAGAUGACAUAGAGGAUGAUGUUUCGUCCCCAGGUGAUCUAGUAAUAGCAGAUGGAGAUGGGCAAAUGAUGGAAGGAGACAAAAUCUAUUGGCCCACUCAGUCUGCCUUAACAACACGUCUUCGCCGCCUAAUAACAGCUUAUCAACGGACAAGUAAAAAUAGGCAGGCCCAGCAGAUCCAGCCGGCAUUCCCGAUACAAACUAGUAUGAUGCAGCCUCCGUACGAAGAAGCUGCUCUGAAUCCAAAGAUGGCUGCUAAGAUUGAAAGACAGCAAAGAUGGACGAGAAGAGAAGAAGCUGACUUCUACAGAGUUGUGUCCACAUUUGGAGUGGUGUUUGAUCCUGAAAGGGGACGGUUCGACUGGACCAAAUUUAGAGCAAUGGCUAGAUUGCAUAAGAAAACUGAUGAGAGCUUAGAGAAGUACUUGUAUGCGUUUAUGUCGAUGUGCCGCAGAGUCUGUCGUCUCCCCUCAAAGGAAGAACUUGUGGACCCAAACAUUUUUAUCCAACCAAUUACAGAGGAGCGUGCUUCUCGGACUUUGUAUCGCAUUGAACUCCUAAGGAAAGUGCGGGAACAGGCUCUUAGGCACCCACAGUUGUUCGAACGACUAAAAUUGUGCCAGCCAAACCCAGACUUACCUGUCUGGUGGGAGUGUGGAACUCAUGACAGGGAUUUACUUAUUGGAGCCGCUAAACAUGGCGUAAGCAGGACAGAUUAUCAUAUUCUUCGUGAUCCUGAACUCUCAUUUAUGUCUGCCCAGAGGAACUAUAAUCAGAAUAAAGUGGCACUUUCAAGGACUUCUACUCCACUCUUGCAUCAGUACCAGAUGGCAUUAUCUGCUUCUCCUCUUACACCUCAGUCAAGAUUGUCAGAUGCUAAAGUGAAUGCUUUUGAGGAUGCAAAAGCUAAAAAUGAAAAUCUGAAAGAGGACCCUCCGUCUUCUGAAGAGGAAUCUAUGUCUACAGAGGAGACACAGACAAUGAUGAAAUCUGAACCUUUGAGUCCAAAAAAUGGCACACCGAUACAAAAUACAGACCACAAACCUAGUGUGAAGACUGAAACAGACAGGCGCAUGGUGGCAGCAAGGACAGAGCCUUUAACUCCAAAUCCAGCUUCCAAAAAACAGAGAGUCAGCAAAAGGGGAUCAGACUCUAGUUCUGACUCGGACUCUGACUCAGAUCGAUCAUCCUGUUCUUCCAGGUCAUCAUCUUCAUCCUCUUCAUCUUCCUCAUCUUGUUCACACUCUCGGUCAGGCUCUAGCUCUUCAUCGUCUUCAUCUUGUUCUUCAGCAUCUUCAUCCUCCUCCUCAUCAUCCUCAUCGUCGUCGUCGUCAUCAUCAUCGUCUGAAGAGAGUGAUAGUGAUGAAGAGGAGGCACAAAAACGUG